UAUCUACCUACCUACCUAUCUAUGUAUCUGUGUGUAUCUAUCUAUCUAUCUAUAUAUGGUUUUAUUUUCAUCCAGGUUAUGCUACUGCUGUUGGUGAAUUUAAUGGUGAUGAUAUCCAAGAUUAUGUGGUUAGUGCUCCCAAGGCAGAUAGACAUUAUGGCAAGGUUAUGAUUUACACCCAGGAAUUAAUACAUAUCCAAAGUAUUCUAGGACAACAGUUCGGAGAAUAUUUUGGCACCGCUAUUGAAGCUGCAGAUCUAAAUGGGGAUAAAUUAGAUGAUAUCAUUGUUGGAGCUCCAAUGCAUUCCAUCUACGAAGAUGUAUCAUUUGAAGUAGGCUGUGUCUACGUCUAUUACCAAUCUUCAAAGCAUACAUUCCACCAAAACAACAAAGACAUCCUUGUAGGCAAGACAAUGAAGGGUAGAUUCGGUUGGGCAUUUGCCAAAUUGAAGGAUAUCAACUUUGAUGGCUACAAUGAUUUUGCCACUUCUGCUCCCUAUGGAGGUAAAGAUGGCAAAGGUGCCGUGUAUAUUUACCAUGGAUCUGUGAAGGGUGUUAUCGCUGAACCUGCACAGGUGAUUGAUGCCAGCGACUUGAAAAACGGCCUAAGAACAUUUGGAUAUUCUUUAUCAGGUGGCAUGGAUUUAGAUGGAAAUGGUUAUACAGAUCUUUUAGUUGGCUCUUAUGCAUUCUCUUACAAACUAGGACCAAUACUAAUGUUACUCUUUUUUUUUUUUUUUUUAAGAGCACGUCCUGUAGUUUCUGUUCAAACUGAAUUAAACCUAGAUCCUCAAUUGAUAAAUCUGGAACAGAAAACCUGUCGAUUAUUGAAUAGAAACCCCAGGACCUGUAUGCAAAUACAUACAGAAUUGCGUUAUGAUGGAAUAAAUUUACCACCUAAGCUGCGUUUGGAAGUAAAAUGGACCUUAGAUGCCUUGAAUAACAAAACUCACAGAGUUUUUUACAUGGAAGCUGGCAAUGAGAUCUCAAAGACUCAAACAUUCACUUUAGUAAAAGGUGAAGCCAAAUCUGUCCGACACCAGGCUUAUCUCAAGGAAAAUAUACGAGACAAAUUGACUCCAGUUGGUGUGAGCUUGGAAUAUAAGAUUGUUGAGAGUCAAAGACGGAAAAAGCGAGAACUUACCCCAAUCUUGAAUAAAUACACAUCAGAGACUAAAAUCUCAACAAUCCAAAUUCAGAAAGAUUGUGGCCCAGAUAAUAUUUGUAUACCUGAUCUUGUUUUAUAUGUUCCCAGAACAUCAUCGCAGCAAAUUAUUGGUAAUCGCAAAAAUUUGGAAAUACAGAUUAAAGUUGAAAAUCAUAAAGAGGAUGCAUUCGAAACCCAGUUGUUUGUGACUCUGCCACCAGAUGUCACUUAUGUGAAAAUACAAGAUGUGAAAGCUAAAAUCUCAGUUGGUUGCAAAGCCAUUGAUAGUGGGGAUGUGAAUGUUGUUGUAUGUGAUUUGGGCAAUCCUUUGAAGAAAAAGCAAAAGGUUUCCUUAACAAUGAAAUUCUCACCAAAACAUGUCAAUGGAUCAAACAAAUUCCUUGAUUUCCAAAUCCAAGUGAAUUGUUCCAAUAAAGAAGAAAACCAAGAUAUUCACAAUAAUUUCCAUAAUGUCAGCAUUCCAGUUAAGGCUGCAGCAGACAUCAUCAUUCUUGGUAAAUCCACUCCAGAUCAGGUAAUUUACAAUUCCAGCCAAGGAGAUGAGAUUCGAGAGAGUUACAUGUACAACAAUACAAUAGCAAAACAUGGUCCCUCUGUGGAACAUCUCUAUGAGAUGAGAAACAAAGGAGAUAGUGAUGUCUCCAAGAGCACAUUAACAAUUCAAUGGCCAAGCUAUGACGUGAAGGGAAACCCUUUGCUUGAACUAGUUGGAAUCCCUACUAUCAUUUCUGGAGAAGGAUCCUGUGUAGUGGAAACUACACCACACAUUACGCAGGAAAAAUUUGAGCUCUCCAACACCAGAAAGAAAAGGGAGACACAGGAAAAAUUCCUAUACACAUUGAACUGUACUGGAAAAUGGUGCAGUAACAUUACUUGUACUUUAGGAUAUUUAAAAAGGGGUGAUAACAUAUUAGUUCAAGUAAGAUCAAAACUAUGGACAAGUACAUUAUUAAAGAUGGAAUAUUUAGAUAAACAUCAAAUUGUGUCCAAAGCUAAACUAGUUGUAACAGAUAUUCCUUAUGACCUGAAAUGGGAUCCUUAUGAUUUUCCUUCAGCAACAAAAGAGCUGUACACCCUUGUAAAUCCAGAAAAGUUAGUUCCAAAAAGCCGCUCAAUACCAAUUUGGGUGAUUGCUAUUGCAGUUGCUGCCGGAAUAUUGCUUCUAUUUUUAUUGAUUGUCUUAUUGUGGUGGUGUGGAUUCUUUAAGAGAGUGAAACCAGAAGAUAUGCAAGAACUGAACGGAGACACACGUCAAUGAGAAACCAAUAGGAAUCUGUGGGGAUUAACAUCUGUAUUAUACAUACAUAUAUAUAUAUUAUAUAUUUAUUACUGCGUUUGUAAAUAUAUACAUAUAUGUGUGUUUAUAUGAAUGAUAAUGAAUAUAAAAAUGUU